AUGAUCAAAUGUAUAGUUUUAAUAUGUGGACCACCUGCCUGUUUGAAAACAACACUUGUGCAGAUACUUCGGUUGAUAUUAAACCAUCAGUUGAUUAAUUUGCAAUCACAUUGCAUCGCAAAACUAUUCGAAAGUCGAAUUCAGCAAUCGUCACACGUCUUUCUCUGUUUCGAUCAAUUAUUUCUCGGUUAUGAAAAUGAUAUCAUCGAAAACGAAACCAAUUGGAAAGCUUAUCGAACGUUAAUCGCUGACGAGAUCGAAAGGGUGAUUCUUUCCAAAGCGGCGAACAACUUGCCAACACAUUUGAAACAUGCCUCUUCAAUUCUCCAUCGACUCUCUCAAUCAUUCGAGUGUUUACAUUCGCAAAGUAUUCUUUUCAUUGAGGAUAAUUUCUAUUAUUCGAGUAUGCGACACCGGUAUCGUCAGAUAGCUCAACGAGCACAUAUUGGCUUCAUGAUCAUUCAUCUGUAUUCCAAUUUUUCUGUCGCCUACCAACGAAAUCAACGACGAGAGAGUUCGAAACGUGUUUCCGCUUCGACAAUGGAAAACAUCUAUUCAAAAUAUGAACUAUUUCCUGAAGAAUUGCUGAUUAAUACGACUCUGCGUGGUUUGACUAGUGAACAUUUGCAAGAAAUUUUUCACCGAAUUGAUAAAUCCUGUCGAGAACCAGAAGACACAGUGGAAAACAUCGAUGAUGAACAACGACGGAUAGCCACCGAGAUUAAUCAGCGCAAUUUCAUGUAUCAACUCGAUCAAAAAUUACGAAAGUUUCUCUCCAAAUAUUUGCAAGACUUUUCCCAAAACGAAAAGAAAUUGUACGCAGAGAAGAUCAACAAACAUCGCCAGGAAUUUCUCGAUUUAGUCAAACAAAAGUUCAUCUUAGUAAAUACUGAUGAUGACGUCGAAGAAGUCUUUCGACGUUUUCUCCAAGAACAAAGCUUCAGUUGA